AUGGGGAAUAUCUUUGGAAGAAAAAAAAUCCACCCUGAAGAUGAUUGGAUUGUCCACAUUAACGCUCACCAGACACAGGAGAGUUGUAGCAACGAAGUGGUGACCUCCAAAUAUACUUUAUGGAAUUUUGUUCCAAAAAAUUUAUGGGAACAAUUUCAGAAAACAUCCAACGUUUAUUUUAUUGUUAUUUGUGCUCUACAGUGUAUACCAGCUGUGACGUAUACACUUCCUCGUAGUGCAGCAGAAUCAGCAGAGUUUGCAAAGAAGGAAUCACGUCGUCGUGAGCAUGCAGCAGCAGCAGCAGCAGCACGAGCAGCAGCACGAGCAGCAGCAUCAGCAGCAACAUCUGCAGCAGCAGCAGCACGUCGUCAUAUAUCCCGUAGAAAUACCCAAGACGCCACCCCAUAUAUCCAGCAGCAGCAGCAGCAGCAGCAGCAGCAGCAGCAGCAGCAGGAGGAGGAGGAGGAUGAUGAGUAUGAGGAUGAUAAUAGGUCUAUAGAUACAGGAGAAGAAGGAGAAGAAGAUGAGCAGCAGCAGCAGCAGCAGCAGCAGCAAGAAAAGUUAAUAAAAUUAGGAUUAAUACCUCGUUUAUGGAGAGAUCUAAGAUUAGGGGAUAUAAUUAUAUGUAAUAAAAAUGAAUCCUUUGCUGCUGAUCUGCUGCUGCUGGGAUCGUCCGAUCCCCAAGGAGUUGCAUUCAUAGAGACAAGUAGUCUAGAUGGGGAGACAAACCUUAAAUUAAGACAGACAGCUAAUGGUGUUGGUCCCUUGCUUCCUGUGCAUCUCCCUGCUGCUGUUGCUGCUGCUCAAUACCUACAAGGGAGACUAAUUGCUCCUCAGCCUACAUUUGUAUUUUGGCAACCUAAAAGGGAAUUCUAUAGACAAUUCACAGAUAAAGGAGAACAAUCUCCUACUCUUCUAUGGUUUGUGAGUUUUUUUACUUGGAUGGUAUUAACAUGCAAUAUGGUACCAAUUUCUUUAGUAGUACAAAUGGGUAUGGUGAAGGCAUUACAAGCAUUUUUUAUAUUUAAGGAUAGAGACAUGAUAGCAGAGGCCCCUGUAUCUAAGGAAAAAAAAAUAUAUUUACCUACUGUGGAUACACUACAGCAGCAGCAGCAGCAGCAGCAGCAACAGCAGCAACAGCAGCAGCAGCAGCAGCAGCAGCAAAGGGGGCAGCAACAAUCACCAGCAGCAGCAACACCAACAAAACAUCGAAGCGAUAAAUUCAGAGGUCAACUGCAACAAGGAGCCUGGCCACGUACAAGUGAUCUAAAUGAAGAAUUAGGACAAGUUGGAUAUUUAUUCUCAGAUAAGACAGGAACACUUACAAAAAACUUCAUGGAAUUCAGGAAAUGCUGUAUAAAGGGGUUUUGUUAUGGGAAGGGUUUAACAGAUAUUAGACGUCAAGUCCUGCACCGUCUAGGGAAACCUCUUCCUCCUGAGCCUCCACCUAUCCCUGGAGAAUCUCAAACCCCUCAUGUACAAAUAUCAGAUAUUGAUCUAAUUAAUCAUUUAAAUGAUUUAAAUAACCCUAUGCAUAAACAUAUUAUUCAAUUCUUCUUCCAUCUUGCUGUUAAUCAUUCUGUUAUUUGUGAGACUGCACAAGAUGGAGGAUCCACGUAUGGUGCAAGUAGCCCAGAUGAAGGUGCAUUAGUGUAUACAGCUCAUCAUUUUGGUGUUUCCUUCCUUAGUCGCCAAUCCGAGGGUUUAUGGAUAUCUAUAAGAGGAAGAAAAGUAUUUGUUAGGGUUUUAUGUGCAAUAGAGUUUACAUCUAAGAGAAAAAGAUCUAGUAUACUUGUACAUGUAGGGUUUCCUGAUGAUGAUGAGGAGGAUGAGGAGGAGGAAGAGGAGGAAGAGGAGGAAGGAGGAGAGGGAGAUGGGGGAGAGGGAGAGGGAGAGGAAGGAGAGGAGGAGGAGGGAGAAGAAGGAAUAGAUCUAGCUGGCAGCAGCAGCAGCAGCAGCAGCAGCAGCAAUAAGAGGAAAUAUAUUCAGUGGUUUAAUUUAUACCAAAAGGCAGAGAAUACAACCACUAAUAAGCAGGGAAGGGUACAAGAGGUAGCCGAGUUAUUAGAGAAAGAUUUAGAGUUACAAGGGAUAACAGGAUUAGAGGAUAAAUUACAAGAAGAUGUUGGCACUACUAUUGAAAAACUUAGACAAGCAGGAAUUAAGGGUGCAGUUGUAUCAUUAUUAAAGAAAUUAACAGGAGAAGUAACAUUAGCAAUUGGUGAUGGUGCUAAUGAUUGUAACAUGAUACAAGCAGCAGAUGUUGGUGUUGGAUUAAGAGGAGAAGAAGGAAUGCAAGCAUUCAAUGUAAACCCUAAUAAACCCUCAUAA